UUAUUCAUUUUUUCAGAGAUUUGUAAAAAAUUUACUCUAAAGUUGUAUUAUCAACAUCAUCUGUCGAAAAUGAACUCAAACAUAGGCACACCUCGUCAAUGGCACUUAAUCCUAAUUUCAAUUUUUACUGUUGCUCUUCUCGUAUCAAGAACUUGCACCAAAUCGCUACCCUUAAAUGCUAAAAGUGAAUUGGAGCAUCCUUUAUAUAUGAUAGCGCGCCCAUGGACAGACUAUGCCCCGGCUUCUGCCUGGAACGGUCAAUGGAUUCGAAGGCCUCAAACCGCUUUAGAAUCGAAUCUUGGAGAAAUAAGACACGACAAUUCACUUCAGAUACAGAAGAAAUGGACACGACUAGAACCAUCAAUUCGUUUUUAUUGA